AUGUUCGUGCUUUUUCUUGCAGGGCUGCUGCUCCUUCGUUCGCCGCUGACCGAGUCGCACCGCGCAACUUAUUCCGGAGACAUCGCUGGAACAUACGGCGGGUAUGGAAGAACCUUGGCUUUCGUAAAGGCGCCCAGACACCUGACCGUAUUUCGACUUGAUGAUGGCCGCGGUCUGAGUCACACAGAUCUCGGUUUCAAGGCCGCAAACAACGCGUUACGCGUUCAUAAUGCACACUUAGGUGCAGCAAAAUGUGAUUUGCGGGAGCUGAAGCGGGACACUACGCGGGACUGGGGUAAGGUCACAACGAGUCGCGACCACCCACCGCAGCCGCAGUGGAAAAAUAACGGGCAAACGGUAUCACUGGCCGCCAUCUCCACCACUGUUCCAUCGGUUUACGACUGGAUAAACAAUCAAAAGGAUGCAUUACGGAGCCUAAAGGAAACCGUGAAACAACGUCUCACGAAUCCAGGAACGUAUCUUGCCCGGGUCUGCAGGGAGUCCAUGUCUUCAGCAGAACGCGGCUGCCGGAUAGUCUCGAAGGAACUGCAUACGUGGUAUCUCAAGGCAUGCAACCUUGGGUUCAAAGGCAUUAUCGCAUUUAGCCAUGAUCCAAUCGCCAACAUAACACGAGCCAUCAGCUUCGCCUAUGCACUGGGGUGGUGGGUAGGACCUAACAGCCUAAGGACGCGGUGUGACAUGAACCCGAUCGAAGUGUUCUCCAAAGGACAGUAUUACAGGUUCUUCACGUCUCUGUUCUUGCAUAAUGGCGUCAUACACAUGCUGCAAAACAUCAAGUCACUCUGGGCCGUGGGUGCCGAGGCGCUUACGCUGCUAGGGCCGAGACGGCUCAUGGCCGUAUAUCUGGCCUCCGGAACUAUCGCAAACUACAUCAGCUAUAUAUACAACUUCGCCUACAAAAAUGGGUUGCCCGCAGACCUCGUUAAAAUGACACAGGCUGUGGUCCAGAGGGUAGGCCAAUCCGGCAGGUCGACCUCCAGCAUCGUGGAAAAGGUCGUGGAUCGCAUACGAAACCGGUAUGACGGAGCGUCAUUCCCCGUAUUCAUGUUGUCCUACGCCAACACAACGUUGUUCCAUCUGGUAGAUGGCGCUGUUGGCGCACUGCUGCCGUUUGUCAAAAAGGCACGGCAGGAAACAAACGACCCGGAGGUAGAAGCCGCAGUGAACGCCUACAUCAGACGCAAAAUUGAGAAGCGACGCGCAUGUGGAGCUUCGGCGGCUAUUUACGGUUUGAUGGGCGCCAUUUGCGCCUGCCACCUGCGCUUCGGCGGAUCUGCCGAGAGGCGUAGGAUGGUCGAAGUAGCCACAUCUGCGCUUAUACAGAACUUGGUGCCUUUCGCUGGGGGCAACAUCGAUCACGUGGCGCACCUCGCCGGUUUUUUGGCAGGGAUGGGGAUAGCGUUGUCGAUGUAG